AUGUCUGACGCUAUCACCAUCCGUACUAGAAAGGUCAUUACCAACCCAUUGUUGUCCAGAAAACAAUUCGUCAUUGACGUCUUGCACCCAAACAGAGCUAACGUCUCUAAGGAUGAAUUGCGUGAAAAAUUGGCUGAAAUCUACAAGGCUGAAAAGGACGCUGUUUCUGUCUUCGGUUUCAGAACCCAAUUCGGUGGUUCCAAAUCCACUGGUUUCGGUUUAGUCUACAACUCUGUUGCUGACGCCAAGAAAUUCGAACCAGCUUACAGAUUAGUCAGAUACGGUUUAGCUGAAAAGGUUGAAAAGGCUUCCAGACAACAAAGAAAGCAAAAGAAGAACAGAGACAAGAAGAUCUUCGGUACUGGUAAGAGAUUGGCCAAGAAGACUGCUCGUCGUAACGCUGAUUAA